AUGACACCACCCCUGGCCUCCACCCCGUGCCGUGAAACAGACUUGGAGGAGCAGUACCCAGAGGGUGGCAUGGGGCUCAAGGCCCAAGACAAGUCAGAGCUGUGUGGAGGCAAAUCCCCAGAGGCCCAAGCUGGGAGUAAGGGGGACGGCGAUGGCGCCGAGGACAAGGACCGGAGGACGACCGUCUCUGCGCGUCCCGCGGCAGCAUUUGUGUCCCAGACUCCGGAGGCAACAUUUUCCGCGACUGGAAAACCGAAAUCGGGAGGAGAAGCUGCGACCCCCGCGGCGGGCGGAGCUGGCGCGAUAAGUUCCAGAGGAAUCUGCGCGCGGCCGGGCUGCUCCUCGAGGAGAUUCCUGGACAGGGCUUCCCAUGACUCCUACUUCUCCAGCACCCAGAGGCACCAAGUGGUGGCAGAGACCCUGGCCCGAACAAUCUAUGGGAAACAGAAACGUGCAGAGAUGGUCAUGGCCCGCCUGCUGACCGAGGGAGUCUGCAAUGCAGCCUUCCCACUGCGUGAGGGCCCCUGUGAUCUGCCCGGGUACCAGGUGCCUGGUACAGACCUCAACCCUCGACAAGUGCUCUAUUCAUACUGGGGCUGGCACAAGUACCAGCCCCUACACCACAUACAGGAGGACUUUGGGGACAAGGCAGCUAUCUACUUUGCCUGGGAGGAGAUCUGUGCGAGCAGGAGUUCCUUCCUCAUGAGCUCACUCUGUGACACUUGUGCCACAUGGAAUAUUUCCGAGAUCUGCCCCAUGGCCAAGCUGGGCUAUCUCUUUGACCAUCUGGGGACUGUGUUCUUUAGCAUCUUCAUGUCCUUCUGGGCCAUGGCCUUCCUGGAGCACUGGAAGCACAAGAGUACCACCUUGGCCCACCACUGGGACUGCAGUGACUUCCAGGAAGAGGAGGAGUGCCCACAUCCAGAGUUUGUUGCCCUGGCCCCACAGAUGGCCCAGAACCCAGUGACAGGCCUGAAGGAGCCCUACUUCCCACCCUGCGCCCAUCUUCCCCGCCUACUCACCAGCUCUGCAGCCAUCCUCAUCAUGCUCUGUGUGGCGAUGAUUUUCCUGGUGUCUGUCGUCACUUACUGCGGCAUCAUCAGCAUUGCAAUGUUCCACACGGCCACCUCUGUGCUCAUGACCCAAGCUGGUAACGUUGCCAGCAUCAGCAGCACUGUGCCCUACCUGGUACUGAUCCUCCUCCUGGGCCAGGUGUAUACCUCACUGGCUGAGCAGCUCACCAGUGAGCCUGGAGGCUGCCUUCUCGAGCUUGCUCAACAGCUCUUCAUCAUCACAGUGGGCAAACAGCUGGUCAGCAACGUGCAGGAGUUCGUUGUGCUGAAGCUGAAGACCUGGAGGCAGAAGAGACACCUGGCCGGGCUGCAGGACACCCAGAUCAGGCAGGAGCAGCGGCGCUGGGAGGAGGAUUAUGAGCUCAUUGAGUUCAAGGGCCAGUUUGAUGAAUACUUGGGGAUGGCGCUGCAGUCUAGGUUCAUCACCGUCUUCGUGGCAGCCUUCCCACCGGCACCCCUGUCUGCUCUGCUCAACAACUGGGUGGAGAUCCAACCAGACACCCAGAAGUUCUGGGAGUACUGGCGGCUGGUGGCUGAGCGGACCUGGCUGCUCCCGCUUGAAGCCAUUGCCUACCUUUCUGUCAUCGUGAAUGGCAACCACACGCCCUGCAGGUGGGAGAACCACCGGCCGGGGCUGAGCGCGGGCCAGGCUCUAGGGUGGGGAGGGUGGGAGUGCCGGUCGCGGAGUCGAGAACCUCGCGGAACCCCGCACCCUCCUCAACCCAGGUACAAGGGCUUUCGCGACGCUCAGAGGAAUCGCACCCUCUUCUACUGGAGCUGCUUGCUGGCUGUGCGUCUGGGCUUCAUCAUCGCCUUCGAGCACGUGGUGUUCUUCCUGGGCCUCAUCGCCUGGCUCGUGCACGUGCCAGCCGCCCUGGCUACCAAGAUAAAGCCCGAGUGCUACCUGGCCAAGCCGGCGCUGGAGGACAACAGGGAGGCGCUACUUGCGGUUAGCGCUGCCCACGAACCCUGGCCCCACCCCCUCUGGCCACGCCCCUCUGCCUGCCCCCAGGCCUAUGCUCAGCUUUCUUGCCCCGCCCUCUUGUUUGGCCUUGCCCAGGGGGAGGAUUGGCCGCUUGCCCUCAAAUGUUCGCCAGGCCUCCCUCUUCAUCCAGCUCCGCGCACGCCACGCCCCUUCUUUUACACUGUUUCCACCACUGUCGCUUCUGCUCUGGAGGGCCCUCCUGCUCAGCCUGACCUAGCCUUGCUUUCCGUCCACUGCAGCAAGGGCGCUGUCCCCAGAGCCCAGGACGCAGGGUCGAGUGAGGAGAGACUGCCCUUCCACGACCCUAGUUCCCCCAGGAUCCUCCCUCCUUUGGGGUCCAAUGCUUCCAGCUAGGGGUCUGGGCAGUACCUUGGCCAGCGGCCCCAAGGUCGGCCCUGGAGUUCGGAUGAGAGGGCUAGGGUUCUCUGAAGACCCCUAGUCCUGCAUUGCCUCCCUCUUCAUGUUUCCAGUAUCCUGCUCUAUGUGCAACGCUGACAAUAAACCUCUCUGCGCUCCAGCGUGCCACCUCUCCAUGGACACCUGGU